AUGACCAUCCGCACGGUCAGGCCCACCCGGGACCAGCACUUCAGGCCUCGUAUCCAUGGCCUCAAGAAGAUGGAGGCUCUGCUGGUGGAGAUGCAGGACCCGAAGAGCGGCGUGAAAGGAUCUGAGCAGAAACUCAACGUCACCAGUAUCCCCCACGUCAUCACAGAGCUGCCUCAGUUAGAGCUGCUUCAGUUAGAGCUGCUUCAGUUAGAGCUGCUUCAGUUAGAGCUGCCUCAGUCAGAGCUGCCUCAGUUAGAGCUGCUUCAGUUAGAGCUGCCUCAGUUAGAGCUGCUUCAGUUAGAGCUGCUUCAGUUAGAGUUGCCUCAGUUAGAGCUGCUUCAGUUAGAGUUGCCUCAGUUAGAGCUGUCUCAGUUAGAGCUGCUUCAGUUAGAGCUGUCUCAGUUAGAGCUGCCUCAGUUAGAGCUGCCUCAGUUAGAGCUGCUUCAGUUAGAGCUGCUUCAGUUAGAGCUGUCUCAGUUAGAGCUGUCUCAGUUAGAGCUGCUUCAGUUAGAGCUGUCUCAGUUAGAGCUGCUUCAGUUAGAGCUGCCUCAGUUAGAGCUGCCUCAGUUAGAGCUGCUUCAGUUAGAGCUGCUUCAGUUAGAGCUGUCUCAGUUAGAGCUGCCUCAGUUAGAGCUGCUUCAGUUAGAGCUGCUUCAGUUAGAGCUGCCUCAGUUAGAGCUACCUCAGUUAGAGCUGCCUCAGUUAGAGCUGCUUCAGUUAGAGCUGCUUCAGUUAGAGUUGCCUCAGUUAGAGCUGCUUCAGUUAGAGUUGCCUCAGUUAGAGCUGUCUCAGUUAGAGCUGCUUCAGUUAGAGCUGUCUCAGUUAGAGCUGCCUCAGUUAGAGCUGCCUCAGUUAGAGCUGCUUCAGUUAGAGCUGCUUCAGUUAGAGCUGCUUCAGUUAGAGCUGCCUCAGUCAGAGCUGCCUCAGUUAGAGCUGCUUCAGUUAGAGCUGCCUCAGUUAGAGCUGCUUCAGUUAGAGCUGCUUCAGUUAGAGUUGCCUCAGUUAGAGCUGCUUCAGUUAGAGUUGCCUCAGUUAGAGCUGUCUCAGUUAGAGCUGCUUCAGUUAGAGCUGUCUCAGUUAGAGCUGCCUCAGUUAGAGCUGCCUCAGUUAGAGCUGCUUCAGUUAGAGCUGCUUCAGUUAGAGCUGUCUCAGUUAGAGCUGUCUCAGUUAGAGCUGCUUCAGUUAGAGCUGUCUCAGUUAGAGCUGCUUCAGUUAGAGCUGCCUCAGUUAGAGCUGCCUCAGUUAGAGCUGCUUCAGUUAGAGCUGCUUCAGUUAGAGCUGUCUCAGUUAGAGCUGCCUCAGUUAGAGCUGCUUCAGUUAGAGCUGCUUCAGUUAGAGCUGCCUCAGUUAGAGCUACCUCAGUUAGAGCUGCUUCAGUUAGAGCUGCUUCAGUUAGAGCUGCCUCUUGACACAAGGCUGCGGCUCCAGAAUAGUCCCUCUAAACGCCCAUCUGAAGGUCCCUCUAAACGCCCAUCUAAAGGUCCCUCUAAAGGCCCCUCUGGAGGUCCCUCUAAAGGUCCCUCUGGAGGUCCCUCUAAAGGUCCCUAUGGAGGCCCCUCUGGAGGUCCCUAUGGAGGUCCCUCUCGAGGCCCCUCUGGAGGCCCUCUGGAGGUCCCUCUCGAGGCCCCUAUGGAGGUCCCUCUUGAGGCCCCUCUGGAGGCCCUCUGGGAGAGAGGGGAGGGAGAGGAGGGAGAGGAGAGAGGGAGAGGAGGGAGAGGAGGGAGGGAGAGGAGGGAGGGAGAGGAGGGAGGGAGAGGAGGGAGGGAGGGAGAGGAGGGAGAGGAGGGAGAGGAGGGAGGGAGAGGUAAAGACAUUGUGGCCUGGAUCGUCAACAAGAUGAAGAACAGCACUGAAGACGCACAGGUGGUGGGCACCAUGCUGGUGGCCUAUGGAUACAUCUACCCCAUCCAGAACCACAAGAAGCUGGUGCUGUGUAAUGACGCCACACUCUACCGCUUCCAGACGCCGUACUUUUGGCCCACGCAGAAAUGGAGAGCGGAGGACAUAGAUUAUGCCAUUUAUCUGGCCAAGAGGAACAUCCGGAAGAAGGGCCAGAUGGAGGCCCACGAGCAGGCUCACUACAACCACCUGCACAAAUGGCUGAACCACAAGUGGGACUUCAUCGUGAUGCAGGCGUCAGAGCAGCACAAGGCUGGGAAGGAGCGUAAGAAGCCUGACCGUGUGGUGCUGGAGUGUCAAGAGCGAGCCUUUUGGAUUGUCAACAGGCCUCCGAAGCGCACUCACAGCGCUCUGGACGACGGCCCAGAGCGCCUGCUGGACCCCACUGCUGAGGAGAAAAUCACCUUUGACGAGUACAGACGCAGGAACAUCUUCUUCCAGCAGACCAUCAUGAGGUCCAGAGUGAAGUCCAGCGUGUCCCUGGGAGCCCUGGUGAAAUACAUGACCACGUACAAAAACCACGACCCGUUCCUGGCCCCGUGUCUGCCCAGUAAUCCCUGGCAAACAGACAACAACUCCUACUGGAGCCUCAACACGCGCAGUGUGGAGGUUCCCACAAAGAUGCGUGUGGAGCGGUGGUCCUUCAGCCUGUACGAGCUGCUGGUGGACCUCAGGGGCCGCGACGACUUCAAGAUCUUCCUCAAAAAAGAGUUCAGUGGGGAGAACUUGGCCUUCUGGGAGGCAGCUGAGGAGCUCAAGUGGGGGUCGGCCUCGUCCAUGUCGUCAAAGGCAGAGACCAUCUUCAAGUGA